AUGUUUUCUCUGUUCGAAACCCUUCGACCUGUCAAUGUCUUCAAUCGUAUUGGCAUUUACUCCCGUUGUACAAUGUUUUUUUUCCACCUUCUACGAAGGAUAUCGGGUCCAAAAUCGUGGGCGCAUCCCGCGAAGAACAUUCGGUACAACGCCGAAUACUAUCUCAUGCGUUUUUGGCCCAGGUCAUGGUGGAACAAGAGCCUAUCCUCCAUGGGUAGCGGACCUCGCAUUGCAGCGCCCAGUGCCACCACGAUUGUUGGCCAUUACAUUCGCGAAGACAUUGUUGUUGAUAUCAAUACAUGGGCCGUCCAUCACGACCCGAACUCGUUCACCUUGCCAGAGUCCUUUGUUCCUGAACCCGGGUUGGGAGAUGGGCGCUUUAUGAAUGGCAGGCUGGACGCUGUCAAGGCUUUCUCGACCGAGCCACGUAGUUAUAUUGGCAAAAAUCUUGCAUACGCCCAGAUCAGGAUGGUCUCCACGAGGACAAAUAUUGGGUCGUAG